AUGGAGAAACAAUCUAAGAACCAUAAGAAAGCACUAUCACCAUCGCUGCCACCCAUGGACGCUGAAUCGGGUGAACAACCAACAGAAUUUGCCAAAAAGCAUAGGUUCAAAGAUACGCUUGCGUUAUUUUUGGUAUUUUUGAGUUUCAACCAUUUCACUUCCCUAUGUUUAUUGGUGUCUUUCAUCGUCGCCACCAAGUGCAAAGAUUUUUUGGCAAAUUGCUUCAUUGUACUUUUCCUAUCUAAGAAACCUUCGCGCCAUAUUAGUGAAGUGGCACGUAUAGAUAUUACUACCUCCAAAGGGACUAAUAGCAACUCGAGUAAAAAAUCUAACCCGCGGUUUUUUAACUGUUCUAAGAAUAGCUUCAUGAUUCCCAUUCCUAUAUUAAUAUGUGAAAUUAUAUUUGCAGCAUUAUUAAAGCUAUACGGUGGAAGUUAUUUUGUCAAGCCAAUUAAAAAUUUGGCGAUUUCCAUAAUUGCUUCAUUUUUGAUCAAUGAUCCGAGCGAUUGCUUAAGCUACGCCACUUCAUGCUCAGUAUUGUAUGCAGUGUCGACAAAUAUUUUUCAAAGGGUAUCCCAUCUUUUUAACACUGUACAGUUGCUUGAUUCGUAUUUCCGAGGAACUGGCCAACAAAUUGAAUUAUUUGCAGUUUUCCAUAGAUAUUCACACUUUUUGACGAAGCUUUUCUCUCUUUUUUUGCCAAUGUCUUCUAAGAUGUUCGGUAGACAUGCGGAAAGUAUGAUUUACUAUUUGUCUUUCCAUAUAAUCUUCUUUUCAUUUGCUGCAAGUCUGCUUUCUCCACAGAGGCCAAUAGCUGAAAAUAAAUCACCCAAAAAAGGUGUAAAUUCUAACAAAACAGAAGUGAAUCGUAUACAAGGGUUACAAAGGAUGAGAAUUUCGUCUUCAUCUUCCGCAUCUGGCUUGGUUACAAACAGUACUGAUUCAAACAUUUUAGAGGACCAAACUCCGAUGAUACCAAAUGAUCCAGGGGGCCUUAAUAACGACAACCAACCUGCCCAUUCACUUCAACAAAAUAACUCGCCCCUACCUCCAUCAUCACAUAGUAAUUUAUUGAGCCCUGCAAAUUCCGAUCACAAUGAGGCUGUUUCUAACUUUCCUUAUUUCACACCUAUGGUAAAAGAGUAUAAGUCGUUUCAACCCUCAGUGAUUUCUGCCGAAAGAAGCAAUUCUCAAGCCGUUGCUACAACCACAACAACAACUUCUCCUACAACAUUCAAUUUUUCUGGUGAAAGAAAUAGCUUGCCAAAUGAAAUUCCCUUAUCCAACGCUUCCAAUACAACUUCCAAGAAAAAAUCCGACCCUUCUUUUCCACCAAAUGACAAGUACACUAACCAACUAUUUGAACUGAACGUCGAUUUUGGGAAUGUCUUUUCAUCGAGCAAUUUAUCGUCUGACAUAUCUGUUACGACAAAUUUGGAGAAUUUCAUCCGUCAUUUAUUUAGAAGGAAAAACCAGCACAUAAUUGCACCUCUCUGGUCCAUGGUAGUUACCUUAAAAACAACAAACUUUGAAAAGAAAUAUUUGCAAGAGACAUCAGGAAAUCCUCUAACACCGACAAACUCCAAUUCUUCUUACAUCGACAGUCAAGAAAAACACAAUAAGGAUUCGGAUACGAUCAAGACACACUCAAUCCCAUCAAAAAUUAGUUUUACACAUGCGGGCAAGUUUAAGAAAAGUGUGUUUAACAAUUUUGAGCCUUCAAACACAAUGGCAUUAAUUGCUAAAACAACGUCUGAUGAUUACAAUCAAUUGAAUUUGGUUUCCACCAACGAGAAUAUUUUCAAUAGAAACGAUAAUGAUUAUAAAGUUUGCAUUAUCGACAUCAGCACAAAUUCCAUCACUUUCCAUAUUGAGAAUUUGCAUGAUGGUGAACUCAUUGUUUUAGUAAACGGUGUAAUUUGGUCAGAAGUCUCGUGCGCUCUAAUUUUAGAACAUGUGGGAGAAGAAUACGUUGUUGUGAAUGGGCUAGUUCCUUCUUGUUCUUACGACAUCCAGUUCAUCAAUAGAUUGAAUCACCAAGAUGAUUAUUUGGUUUCUGAUUUGAUUGUCCGAACACGUGGGAAUAGCAAUACAGUUGCUGGAAAAUUUGAAAAUCUUGAUUUUAGCUUCCCUUCAUAUUACCACAGAAAAUUCUUAUCUCCACUGCUAACUCUAAAGCAUUCUGUAUUAACCACGAACGCAAAUUUAUCCGAUGAAAGAGCAAAGUUGAAAAAGACGAAAAAGGAAAUAAGUAAAAAAUUAAGUCUUUUAAGACAAGAAAUUGAUUAUUUCAAAAACAGAAUAUCACAGAACGCAACAAAUGAUGAAAAGAGUACUUACAAAGUUGAAAAUCUAAAAGUUGCUUUACAACAGAGCGAAACUGCGGUGAAUAAAUUAGAGAAGCAACUUAAGACUCUUACCGAGAAGGAGCUUGACUUGGAAGAGGAAUACCUGAAAAAGAAAGAUUUACAUUUGAAAAAUCAAUUAGAAUACAGCAAAUUGGAAGAAAGCCUAUCAAAUGAGCUGAAAAAUUCUGAAAAGAAGUCAAAUAAGCUAAACCAAGAUUUUGGUCAAUUGACGUCUAAACUAGAUAAAUUAAACGCUAGAAACGAGAAGUUGAAAAAGGAAGUUGACGAAAACGAGGAAUACAUAGAGAAGUUCAGUACUCUGUUCAUGAGUAAAAGGGAAAAAGACAGACUCAGAAGAAAAGAAUACAGAAUACGUGAAGCUAAUAAAUUCGAGUUAACUAUAAAAGGGUUAGAACAGGAUAUUAAUCGUUUAGAACACGAGAACGAGAAUAUUCAUAGUCUAAUAGGCAAUAGUUACUGA